UUCACGUUAUUGCCGUGCACGGUCGCAGUGCGUAUUCGAACAGCGAUAAUAAUAAUAUAACAAUAAUUAUUAGAUAUUGUUGCUAUAAUAAUAACGACCGAACGCGCGCGCAAAGUCCAUUCGAUUGUGUCUCCGCCGACUCGGUUCGCGUUUUUCGAUAGAUUAUGAUUUCCAAGAGGAAAAAACAUAAAAACGUUCGGGCGCACCGCGAGCACGUGUGGUGUUCGUUUCGCGCGAUCGGUGGUGGGAGUAGUGUUCGCGACGGGGACACCGGCGGAACCAUACCGAUAAGAUUAAAAACGAAAUGCCCGCGUCGGAGGCGGAGGCGACGGUAACGAGGCAAGUCGUCGUCCAACGUCUUCGACACAGCUCGCACGACGUUCGCGAAUCCCGUUGCCCCAUGUCGACCGACGAGCACGUGGACCAGCAACUGGAAUUGCGGCAGCACCGCCCGCAAGAGCUGCAGCAAGGGGCGACGCGCCGGUCUCCGCCGCGGCACGACGUAGACGCCGCGUGGACAUACCGCGCUCUCACCGUACUCGACGUGUUCCUCCAUGUGUUCGUCGCAUCCACCUUCGUCAUCGGAAUAUGGCGGGCUUCGUACCAGCUGUUCGUGCACUACCACACGGCGAUGAACCCUUGGUUGGCCACCAGCGCGUCCGUUGUCGUACAACUGCUGCUAUCAAUAUUGAGCGAUCCCUUAGUAAGAUAUUUCAAAAGAAAAAACCAUUCAAAAAUUGCAUUUUGGGUGAUUUCUAGAGUAUAUAUAUAUGCAAGAUUCGUGAUUGGCAUGAUAAUGUAUGUAUACCAAGAAUGGUUGCUUGAAGUGACAUUAAAUCAUGUACAUAUCGCUAUACCACCUAGCAUUGUUCUUACAAUUGCCAUUGGUAUAUUAUGUUAUGUUCGUAUGUUGGCCACAAUCAUGGGACCACCUACUUGUGGCCUUGAAUUUGAUCCCAAACCCGAAGAAAUAUUUCAAUUUGAAAGAAUGUUCUGGCCUGAGGAUGGUACUGGAUCAUGGCUAUAUGUAUUAGAUAGCUUUUUCAGCGUUUGUAUUAUCGGUUCAUUGGUAGUCAUCGUUUGGCGAGGUGUUUGGAGUCUAAUGGAUGAGUAUUUAUAUCCAGGAGAUGAAAACACAUCUGCAAUUUUAUCAUUGGUUAUAGGAUAUAGUGUAGUACUACUUGCUUUUGCAUUACAACCAGCUGUAAAAAAAUUGGUUAACAAAAUUAAUGGCUUGAAACGAAUACUUGCUGUGGAUGUAUACUUAAUGUUUUCAUUUUUUGGUGCUGUAAACGUAUGGAGAGGAGUAUGGGUUAUGCUGGAUAAUCACUUUAUACCAGAUGCUCCUAUUACCAGUUAUUGGGUAUCGCAUAUUGCAUGUUUCGGCUUCCUAGUCUUAUUGAACUCCUCCAACUCCAUAUUAGUCCGUGGUGUUUACAUAGACGCUGAAGAAGACGGUACACAAUGUGUUGAUUUUCCAUGUUAUUAUGUACGGCUCUUAGUACAGAAGAGAAAACGGAAAAAACAAAUACGCAUUGAUGAAGAAGGUAAAGAAAUGACGCAAAUAAAAAUUGAAAAAGAAGAAGAAACUGAGGAAAUAAAUGAGAAAAUGUUACUUACAAGUGAAAAUGAUGAUAAAACCACAUCGAAUAAAACUGAAGAAACAUUAAACAACAGAAGUAAAAUCGUUUGACAUAACAAUAACCAACAUUAAGGUUUGUACUUUUGGAUCUUAGAAGAUAUUGUUUUCAAAACAAACCGAAUUCUUUGUGUUCGUUCAAAUUAAAUGAUUUUUUUAUAUUGAAACAAUAAUUAUUAUUUAUAAUCAUGUACAUAUAUUUA